CUUCACAUUGAGAUCUCCUCGACUCGAUUGCUGCCCUGAAUUGAAAGCAGCGUCUUCUUCUCCCUCUAUCUUCUCCCUUUUAAUCCCUUGAUUCCCCCCGCAUCGACUCUCCCGUCCCCGCAAUUCUACCCCGGACCCAUCACCAUCAACACACACAAUGGCCCUGAGUUUCAGAACCACCCGCCACGCCUCCAGAUUGGCCCAGGCCUCCCGGCCACUCUUCUCGGCCCGACACUAUGCGACCGCCGAGCCUGAUCUCAAGACCGCCCUGAAGGAGGCUAUCCCCGCCAAGCGCGAGCUCCUCCAGAAGGUCAAGGCCCAGGGAGACGAGGUUAUCGGUGAUGUCAAGAUCAGCAACGUCAUCGGUGGCAUGCGUGGCCUGAAGGCCAUGCUGUGGGAAGGUUCUGUCCUGGACGCCGAUGAGGGCAUUCGCUUCCACGGCAAGACCAUCAAGGACUGCCAGAAGGAGUUGCCCAAGGGUACCUCUGGCACUGAGAUGCUCCCCGAGGCCAUGUUCUGGCUGCUCCUGACCGGUCAGGUCCCCUCCACCGCACAGGUGCGCGCCUUCUCGCGCGAGCUGGCCGAGAAGUCUACCCUGCCCACCCACAUCCUGGACCUGAUCAAGUCCUUCCCCAAGACCAUGCACCCCAUGACCCAGCUGUCAAUCGCUGUUGCCGCGCUGAACACCGAGUCCAAGUUCGCCCAGGCCUACGAGAAGGGUCUGAACAAGGCUGAGUAUUGGGAGCCUACCUUUGACGACUGCAUUUCGCUGCUUGCCAAGAUUCCCCGCGUUGCCGCUCUGGUGUUCCGUCCCAACGAGAUUGAUGCCGUUGGUACCCAGCAGCUGGAUCUUUCUCAGGAUUGGUCGUACAACUUCGCCGAGCUGCUCGGCAAGGGCGGCGAGAAGAACCAGGACUUCCACGAUCUGCUGCGUCUGUACCUGGCUCUGCACGGUGACCACGAGGGUGGUAACGUGUCCGCCCACGCUACUCACCUGGUUGGCAGCGCUCUCAGCGAUCCCUUCCUCAGCUACAGUGCCGGUCUCCUGGGUCUUGCCGGCCCCCUGCACGGUCUGGCCGCUCAAGAGGUUCUCCGCUGGAUCCUCCAGAUGCAGGACAAGAUCGGAACCAAGUUUUCCGAUGAGGACGUCCGCACUUACCUCUGGGAUACUCUCAAGUCCGGCCGUGUCGUCCCCGGCUACGGUCAUGGUGUCCUCCGCAAGCCUGAUCCCCGCUUCCAGGCCCUAAUGGACUUUGCUGCUACCCGCCCCGAUGUCCUCGCCAACCCUGUCUUCCAGCUUGUUAAGAAGAACUCGGAGAUUGCUCCCGGUGUUUUGACCGAGCACGGAAAGACUAAGAACCCCCACCCUAACGUCGACGCCGUCUCCGGUGUCCUCUUCCACCACUACGGCUUCCAGCAGCCCCUGUACUACACCGUCACUUUCGGUGUCAGCCGUGCCCUCGGACCCCUGGUCCAGCUCAUCUGGGAUCGUGCCAUGGGCAUGCCUAUCGAGCGCCCCAAGAGCAUCAACCUGUUGGGUCUGCUUAAGAAAUAAAGCUCUUGGACGAUUUUGAACAAUUCACAAUUCCCGUUGGCUGAUCUGCAGCCAGUGAUGAAAAUUAUGCUAGCGAGCUUUCCCUUGAUUUCCUUAUUGUUUUUGUUUGUUUAGACUGCUUUUUCUUGUAUCUCGCUAUUUUGGAUAGACCGUUCGUGCUGGGUGAUUUAACUUGGCAAAGAAUGGUUCAAUAUACUCCACUGUCAACUGAAGAAAUUCAAGUUUCC